AUGGGGAAACUGAGUCAGACCAUUGGGGAGCAGCCCGCCCCCCAGACUUUAAAUGCCAGAGCUGCUAUUACUUGCCUACAUCUUUUGCCUGCCUGGUGCCUGGGAGCGACCCUGCUGGAUGAGAUUAAGGAGGUGGAGGAAUGUGAUGAUGUCAUCGUCACUACUUCUUAUGACAUCAUCCUAAGGCCAUCUCCAGCUGACAAGAAGGAGCUGGAGUUCAGGGUAUCAAAGCCCUCCUGCCACCAGACGCCUUGUGAAAUUCUCCCACUUCCCCCAUCCGUGUGGAGGAAAAGUCCCCUCAAGCAUGGCUUUAACCAGCCUUCCAUAGUGGAGCAGCCCGGGUUGGCUAGCCUGAGGCAGCGAUCUGCCUACCAGAUUAUGGCCGAAAGGAAGAAGUCAAUGAUGGCGAAGAAAAAGCCCGAUUUCCUCCUCUCAAAGUUGCUGAAGUCCAUCCACAGUUUAUACCCAGUGAAGAUUAAAUGGAAGGACACAGAUCCUGGGAUCAAGAUGCUGCAGCUGGAAAGGAUAAAGGAGCUCAUGGAGAGCUUGGCUUCUUCUGUGGAACAAGAGCAAAUCUACGCUGCUCAGGCCCUGGGCUGCCUUAGGAUCACUGAUGAGUUUGUGCUGUCUGCACUUCGCAACACUCUCCAGGUAUGCAGGAGUCAGCCUGUGCGAUAUGAAGUAACCAGGACCCUGGUUUUAUUUGGUUGCCUGGAUGCUGCCGUGGUGAAGGAACUGAUCAGACACCUGAAGAAGGGAAGCCCGACUCAGAGAAAGGAUCUCCUCGCUGCUCUGGCGGUGGCUUUGCACGCGUGGGCUGCGGGGCCCGACUCCAAGGUCACGGCUCCUGCUGAAACUGGACCAAAGGGCUCAGGCUCUGCCUUUUCCAGGUGCCAGUACCGCCAGCCCCAGUAUGAGAUGAAACUCAAUCAACAGCACUGCUCUUCCUUUCUGUCCCAGCGGAGUGUGGUGGGUGCCCAGUCCAGGCUCAUUGGGACCCUGGAGCAGCUGGUAGCCUCACAGGAUGGCACAGAUGACUCGGUCCUGUUGGCAGCCACCUGCCUGGUGUAUCUGGAUGCAUCCAAUCCCGCCGCCCAGGCGGCGCUGCUGAGGUGCCUGACCCAGGAGAACAUGAAAAAGAAAAUGCAGGCUUUGCUCAUGCUAGUGAAGCACGUGAAUGUAGUCAGCGCCGAUAUCAUCCAGGCCCUUAUAGAUCAGCUUCACCAUUCUCCAGUGUACAAGCAUCGCGUCGAUGCCGCCAAUUUGCUGAGCACCAUUGGGCUGGAGCCGAUCCGACGGGAAGGCUUGGAAGAGGAGGUGUUCCAGCUGCUGGUGGAAAAGCUGCACCAGGAGCCGUUUCUGGUAGUGAGACAGACUGUGGCAAUGACUGCGGCAGCUCUGCAGAUGAAGGGGCGAAUCUGGGAUAUUGUGGAGAAGCAGCUGAAGGAGAAGAGCGAGGUGAACCGAAGACAGGCUGUGGUUUCCUUGGGGGUCCUUGGUCUUCGCAAGAAGCAAGUGUUCUUUACCCUGCUGGAAAUGCUGGAGGUGGACAGCAGUCUGGCUGUUCGCAUUCAGGUCAUUAGGACGUUUUGCACCCUGGGAAUGAACAACAUGCAUGUGCUGAAAACCCUGGUGCUCAAGGAACAGACGGAUGGGGCUCUAGCCAGAGAAUGUGUGAAAGCUUUGAAGAUCCUCCAGAAGCUCCCCGGUACUAGACGAGGCUUGGAGCAUCAGAUCUCUCAGCUCUCCUGAGGCCCCUCUGUCUGGGAGUGGCCUGCCGCUGAGUGAGCUCAGAGGGAGUAGCUAACGUGGAGAGAACGCAGGGGAUUUAAAACACCGGCUCUGUAGCCGGGGGUUCUUCUGUUUUGCAUCUUGUCUCCUAAGAGUGCUGGGAGA